AUGGCUACAAAAACGGCCGCGAGGCCUUCUCCAAGUCCAAGAACGCCUCAUUCACAGUCUGUCCGCACUCCCUUGAAACCCUCCACGACACCACUGAGCCCGCCGUCAAGAGUGCCGGCCUCUGUCGGACAGCCACUCCCCCCAGGCGCGACUCCAGAGAUGCGGUCGCCUGGCGCACAUACAAUCGUUCGCGCUCAAAGCCCAAACUACUUUGGUAUAAUUCCCGACCCCGCGAUGGAUUCUCGAGAUUCGGGAGUAGGCCCAAAGGAGAAUUGGAGCCCUCCUACUUCCUCAAUCUUCUCCUUCGCUGCAGCCUCGCCAAAGCCGAUAGAUUCGAACUCAGAGUUUGAGGCUUUCAAGAGGCAGACGGAAACGAAUAAUGGCUUCACUCUUGGUCGCGGACAUCUACCUCAUUUGGAGCAAACUGGUUCAGUUGUGAUUCGCCCACGCGUGGAUGGAAGGCUAACUGGAUCCGCAACUCCAGAGCAUUUAAGCUCUCCUAGAUCAGUGCCGAAGGCUCGCAUUGGUACUCCUGGUAGACUGGACAUUGAGGGAAUGAGAGAUGAAAGAGACUCGGCCUACGUAUCGUCUUCAGAGUCGAAGCGUGCAUCAGAGACGUCAAUGACUGCGCCAUCCUUCUUCGAUAUUCCACAUCAGCAAUCCCCGACCAGUAUAUUGCAUACGGGGCGACGAAAUGCUCCCGCCCAUCUUGAUGACAGACAUUUACGGCUCUCUCUGCCACAGAACAGGGUAGACCCACCUUCACCGAACUUGAAGCUCCACGCUCGUGGACAGCAUCAACGGGCAGAAACACUUCCAGCUGCUCUUGAAGAUGGGCCUGCCAUGAUCAGUCCAGCGCAAUUAAAAGAUAUGGUUGAGCGUCUUCCAUCCUCGCAGAUCUUAAUACUAGACCUUCGUGUUUUCCCGCAAUAUUCCCAAGCCCGAAUUCGCGAUGCCUUAAAUCUCUGUAUACCUACGACGCUGUUGAAGAGACCAUCCUUCAAUUUACAAAAGCUCAAAGAUACCUUCACGAAUGAUUACGAAAAGGAAAGAUUCUCCCAGUGGGAAAGCGCUCAGCACAUAGUCGUCUACGAUGCGUAUUCUUCCGAAAAGAAGGACGCGAUGUCGGCGACGAAUACCCUCAAGAAGUUCUCAAACGAAGGAUGGAAGGGGCAUGGUUAUAUCUUAAGAGGUGGUUUUGCGGAAUUCUCGAAGAAUUAUCCCAAAUUUAUUGACAAGCAACACGGACAAGAUAUGCAAGCUUCAAAGAUUAGUCUUUCCCUAGGGACAUUGAGGCCUGAAGUGGCCCCAGUGGCUGGGGGAUGCAUGAUUCCCGCAACUAAGGAUGUUGCAAAUCCCUUCUUCAGUAAUAUUCGGCAAAAUCAGGAUUUGAUAGGAGGCGUGGGACAGUUGAGUAUCAAACUACCUGAAGAACUGAGCUCCGAGGCCCCUAAUAUUCUCCCUGCAUGGCUUCUCGAAGCAGCCGCUGCAGAAGACCAUGGAAAGAAGGUCUCGGACAAAUUUCUACGCCUGGAACUUGAUGAACAAUCACGAAUGACGAAAGCCCUCUCCUCGGGUGUUUCUUACGGGGCACCAGGGGCGGGAAACGGUGAUGUACAGAUUGCGGGGAUCGAGAAGGGUGGCAAGAAUAGGUACAACAAUAUAUGGCCAUUCGAGCACACGAGAGUCAGACUACAAGGGCGUCCAGAAGGAGCUUGUGAUUAUGUCAAUGCAAGUCAUAUCAAGGCGUCACGGAGCAAUAAGCGGUAUAUUGCGUCGCAAGGACCUCUCCCUGCCACGUUUGAGGAUUUCUGGAGUGUUAUAUGGGACCAGGACGUUCGAGUCAUAGUAAUGUUAACCGCGGAGCAAGAAGGCGGCCAGCUCAAAUGCCAUCCGUACUGGUCGAGCAAUGAUUACGGGCCUUACCGACUGAAAGCUUUGUCGGAAAGGAAAGUAUCACUUGAUCCCAAGAAGCACUGGACACCAGGCGAACGUCGCGAUCAAGGGAGAAGACGUGCCAAUACUAGUGCGGAAAACGCCCCUACUGUUCCACCGACUGAGCAACCCCACGCGAUCGUCCGAAAAUUCAGCCUCUCCCAUUUAAUGCACCCAUUCUCGCCCAUGCGAGAAAUCGCCCAGGUCCAUUUCUCUUCCUGGCCAGACUUUGGCGCUCCAGCCAGUCCGAGCCAACUCCUCGGCCUUGUCGAGAUCAGCAAUCAAAUGCAGCGCGCCGCCGCAUCCCCAACACAGCCCCUCAGGACAUCAGACCCCGAAGACGACGAAUAUGUCCGACCCAUCCUCGUGCAUUGUAGUGCGGGCUGUGGACGCACCGGCACCUUCUGUACCGUCGACUCUGUCAUCGACAUGCUCAAGCGGCAGCGCAAAGAGAUGCGAAGCGGCGUCACCCCCAUGGACUUCACGCCCUCCAACAACCAAAGCGAUUACGUAGGGAAAGGCAAACGUCCCGAAGACCCCGAUACCCAAUGGCUCUUUGACCAAGACAUGGAUCUAGUCGAGAAAACGGUCCAGGAUUUCCGCAGCCAGCGCCUUAGCAUGGUCCAAAGCCUCCGCCAGUUCGUCCUCUGUUACGAGACGAUCCUCGAAUGGAUGGUUCAGCAAUCCACGGGCAAAACGGGCCGUGAACGAAGCGGUAGUGAUGGUGGUGUUCUCUAG